UAAGAAAAAACAAGAAAACUUUCUAUAUCUAUCGAACCACCCGAAUCCCGUCUUCUAUUGGUGGUUGAAUCGCAAGUUACGAUGCGGAUGGCCACUGUAGUAGUAGUAUAACCCAAACUGAUGCGCUACCGCCGUUGUAACUUUAAGUAGAGGAAUUUUUAACUUUUCCCAGUGCUGUGUUUAUAUCAAAUAAUUACCCAGGCAUCAGGAAAACACCUGAAAAUUUUGUGCAUUAACAGAUGUCUUCCAAUGAAAAAACUGAAAAUGGUUGCACAACAGAUGGUCCACAGGUUUCUAAUGGACAUAUUACAGGUUCUGCAGUUGCACGCUCACCAAGCAUGCCUUGGUUUGGAAUGGACAUUGGUGGAACUUUAGUAAAAUUAGUGUACUUUGAGCCAACCGAUAUUGCCCCAGAGGAAGAAAAUGUUAGUUCUUCAGAGGUUGAAACCCUUCAUAAUAUACAAAAAUACCUUACAAGUAACAAUGCAUAUGGAGAGACAGGCCAUAGAGACAUUCAUUUGCAGAUGAGCUCUAUUCCAAUGGGAAACAGAGUAGGAACUUUACAUUUCAUAAGGUUUCCUACCUCUGAAAUGGAGCAAUUUCUUCAGCUUGCCAAAUCAAAAGGAUUUGCUUCUCUAUCUUCAACAAUUUGUGCUACAGGUGGAGGAGCAUACAAAUUUGAAAAAGACUUUUUAAGGGUUGUCCAUUUAAACCUGCAUAAAUCAGAUGAACUGGAAUGUCUUAUAGGUGGGCUUUUGUACAUUGAGGAAAUUAAUCCUACUGAGGUUUACUAUUGGGAAAACCCAACAGACGAGAGCACUUGUGUCAAAAAGACGUACAAUUUCAAGGAUCCAUAUCCGUUUUUGCUAGUAAAUAUCGGUUCAGGGGUGAGCAUACUCGCAGUUUACGGUCCAAAUAAUUUCAAAAGGGUCACUGGUACCAGCUUGGGUGGUGGAACUUUCUUGGGACUGUGCUGUUUACUCACCGGAUGCCAAUCUUAUGAAGAAGCUAUCGCUCUCGCUGCCGCUGGUGACUCAACGAAAGUUGAUAAGAAAGUACGAGAUAUUUACGGCGGUGACUAUGACCGGUUCGGCUUAGACGGCAAUAUUGUUGCAAGUAGUUUUGGCCAAAUGAAUUUGCCAGACCGACGAGCCGAGGUUUCCAAAGAAGAUCUAGCCCGUGCAACACUAGUAACCAUUACUAACAACAUAGGCUCAAUCACACGAAUGUGUGCCCUUAAUGAAAAAAUAGAAAGAGUAGUUUUUGUUGGCAACUUUCUUCGAGUUAACACGUUGUCGAUGAAACAGUUAGCGUACGCUAUGGAUUUUUGGUCCAAUGGUGCUCUGAAAGCCCUAUUUCUCGAACACGAAGGUUACUUUGGUGCCGUCGGCUGCUUGUUGAGACUCGUGCACAUACAACCGACAUGUCUGCCUCCCAAAGAGCACGAUUCUUAGUUCGUCAUUGUAUAUGACAUGCAAGUUCAAAGAUACUGCUAGAUUCUGUUUUCUGCCAAGGAAAUUCCAGCACAACAUUCUCAGCUCAGACAAUAAUGUUAAAUUUUCUUAUGUAGCGUAGCUGCUCAUUUUUUGAGCAUUUCCCUCCCCCACCAUCUCUUUAAAUGCCAGCAAAAAAUUGGCAGCCAUAAAACCAAAAAGACAGUAGAUUUAUAUGUAUCACUCUUCCAAUUGACAUUGAUUUUUCUGUACAAAAUUUGGGUCUUUAUUGUUAUUUCUUAAUGAGCCAGAUUUUUGACCAGUUUAUUAAAUAUGUCGAAAGUGUAUAACCGUCACACCACUCGGGGCAAUUACAGCUUGUAUUGGGAUAGCGUU